AUGGCAUCAUCAAGCUCUUACAAUUCUCCAUGUGCUGCCUGCAAAUUCUUAAGGAGGAAAUGCAUGCCAGGGUGCAUCUUUGCACCUUACUUUCCACCCGAAGAACCCCAAAAAUUCGCCAACGUGCACAAGAUUUUUGGUGCUAGCAAUGUCACCAAACUCCUUAAUGAACUCCUCCCUCACCAGAGGGAAGAUGCAGUGAAUUCCCUUGCCUAUGAAGCAGAGGCACGUGUCAGAGACCCAGUUUAUGGAUGCGUAGGUGCCAUCUCUUUCCUUCAGAGACAAGUUCAAAAGCUCCAAAAGGAGCUUGAUGCUGCUAAUGCUGAUCUUGUUCGCUAUGCCUGCAAUGAAAUCCCUUCAGCAACAUCAAUGCCUUUGCCACCAGGAUUCGCUUCAAUUCAACAAAUUCCUCAAAGGCCAUUAAUUAAUGCAAGAAUUGGUAAUGAAGGAAGUGGUUUUUAUCGUCAAUCUCCAACCACUUUCUCCCCUUAUUCUCUUCCAUGGACUGAUACUUCUUCUGAGGAUAUCAACGUUGGAGGAGGAGAAGGAGGAGGUAACUUGUGA